AUGACAGUACCCUCGGGAUCAUCGACCGCCACUUUGUCUAUCCCCUCCGGAUUGACCCAAAUCACGGGUACCCUACCAGAUUGGAAUAUCACGGUGGCGACCAUUACAAGAACUGAUGGCCAAAUUGGUACCGGGUCUGUGUCUUGGACGGCGGACUUGCAAACAAGCACACGAUUUGGAGACGAUGGCGUGAAUGUCAUCUUUCCAUUCUACGUUUGGAAGUGCGUCGGGAACCUCUGUGCCGAUGGCGAAUCUGGUGGAGGAAUUGUAAACAUUCUUGACUGCCUCUUCAAAUUUUUGUGUCCUAAUCCUAGCAAUCAUGGCUGGGAAUUUCCACCGUGCCACUGUUACGGGACCUGGAGGCGAUUCCAGCGAAACCGGAUCUUCAACUGGGUCCUCAAGCAGUUCAUCGAGCUCAUCGUGCUCAGCUUCAACAGUGUCUUCCUGCGACGUCACAUGUCCAACUUCUGUCAUCAGCUCGUCAACAACUACCAUCACAAGCGCUUGUUCAACAGUAUGCUACACUGUCACAGCUUGUUCAGCUACUGGAACAAUCUCAACAACGCUGAUCGGAAGUAA